AUGCAGAUGGAAUUAGUGGAGGUUGUGGGUGAGAGAUACAAAGACACUGUUAAAGAUAAGGAGGCAAGUCUUGCUCCAACCCUCGCUCUCGGCGGGGCUGAGGGAGCGUCAGGGGCCCAAGGUCUUCCUGGCUAUGAGCGUCGGCAGAGGCCCAGAGUCCUGGCAGAGCGCCUCGGCUCCCCCCUGGGCGUUCAUUGCGGCGAGUGCUGGAGAUCCCGAGGGUCCAGGGGCGGGGGCGGGAAGGCCAGCAAGACAGUGUCGUGGAUCAGGCGCCAGGACCUGCACGUGCUGACCACAGGUAACUUCACGUACACGACGGACACGAGGUUCCGCGCGCUGCACCUGCCCGGCUCGCCCUUCUGGAGCCUGGAGGUGGACCGGCCCGCCAUCACCGACUCCGGCCUCUACGAGUGCCAGGUGUCCACGCAGCCCAAGAUAUUCCGCCGCUUCAGGCUCAGCGUUGUGGUCCCCAGCGCGCGCAUCACCGGCUCGAGGGAGAUCUUCAUGAAGGCGGGCAGCGACAUCAACAUCACGUGCGUGGUGAAGGGCGCCAUCAGGGGAGCGCCCGUCACCUGGUACCACGUGCUGCCCCGCGACCCACCCAAGGAGGAGCUGGUGGAGAUCAACGCCGGGGUCGGCGGCGUGCAGCUGGUGACGGACAAGAACUCGGGCACCAGCUGGCUCCUGGUCACCCACGCCACCUGGAGGGACGUUGAACUACACGUGCGCGCCCAUGCACGCCACGCCCGCCUCAGUGUCCGUCCACGUGCUCUGACGUCUCUGAACUCCGCCGCGCCAGUGUUCUCCUCGCUGGAGAAGGCGGCGAAGUAUGGCCUGUUAAAUUAA